AGGCUGCGUCAAAACAGUAUGGGCAGCCCUCUCCCAGCGUGUAAAGCUUUCUGCUAGGUCUUGUUUAGUUUUGUUUGCUACAACUGAUUACUGGGCCAUUCUAACCUCAAACUGGUUGUGUGUUUACGUUGCCCUACCACGUGAGAGAACAAGUUAAUUUAAUUUAUUAAGUGGAGUUAGGAUCAUCGAAGAAUAAAUUCUUAUGUAUAAUAUUUUGAAUGCGCUGAGAAAAUGAAUCCAGAAUGUGAGUUGGUACACCAUCCUGACCUAAAGCUUUAUCAGUUAAAAAAUGUAUUGCCUGAUGGUAUAAUCAAGGACCUUUCAAAACAAACACGAAAUUUAACCCUCUAUCUCGCACAGAAUGAUCUCCAUUGUUUCCGACACAGUGAAGACUUCUCAGUUCUGUCUGAAUUACCAGAUACGGUAAGAAAUUUUGUAAAAUUUAUGGAAACCACCAUGAGAAAAAAAGUGGAAAUGCUGUACGGUGUAAAGACAAAACAACAAAUAUCAAUGACAACUUCAUUGUACGGCAGAGGAGAUUUUCUUCUCUGUCAUGAUGAUCUCUGGGAGGACCGUCAGAUUGCAUUUGUACUCUAUCUGAGUGAAGAUAUUUGUGAACAGGAUGGAGGAUCUUUGAGAUUUUUUCAGCUUGAUGAAGAAUUAAAUCCUGUGGUUGGAAACUACAGGAAACAAUUUCAACCAGCAUAUAACUCUAUGGUGUUCUUCGAAGUCACAGAAACCUCAUAUCAUGAAGUUCAAGAAAUCCUCAGAGACAAGCAACGCCUGUCUAUUAAUGGUUGGUUUCACAAAGAAGGAAGAAAGAUGGUUAGGGUGAACCAAAAUGAGAAUAUGUUUUUAAGAACUAAAUUGUUUGGAUUUAGUCACCUUCAAGAGGACAUGACCAAGUCGAAUGUCCUGAGCAUAGUGGAGCGAAAGUAUUUGGCCAAAAACACAACAAAACAGGUUUGUAAAGAUUUACAAAAUACCAGGCUUGUUUCACUUCAAGGAUUCUUGGACUCCCAAUUUUAUAAUGCUUGUGCUGAGGAACUCAGCAACUCUAAGUUGGAAUGGCACCUAGAGGGACCACCCAAUCGUAGGAACUAUGAAGUUCUCAGAAUUGAGCAGGAUGAUAAUGAAUCAGUUUAUAUUGAAGGCCUAAGUCACUUGUCAGCUCUUAACAGGCUGAUAAACUUCUUGAUGUCAGACUACUGGUUGCGAUAUUUAGACAGAAUCACAAAAAAGGAUUUCAUUGUGUUGAAAGAUGAUCAUAUUCCUCCUACAUGCAUGGUUGAAGUCCAAAGGUGGAAAGAGGGGAGUUAUUCAGUUUUGGCAGAUAAUGAUUUUCUAAAAACAAAUUCAAGUGUUGAAGUUGUGUUUUUCUUCAAUGCAGAUAACAGAUAUUUUGAAGCCAAUGAGAGCUUGAGCAAAAGCAGUGAAAUAUACGGCCCAAACUUCAAGUAUAGUGGAAAUCUGAUUGUGUCUGUUAGUAAUGAAAUGCCUACGCCUGUACAACACAAACUAAAAAUGAUCAAGCAAACAAGAAUUUUACAAUCAAAGAUAGCUGACAGAAGUAAAAUUUCAAAGAAGGCGGAGAAACAAAUAAGGACAAUUGUAAAUGACAAGAUUAAAAGGAUGAUGGAGUACCGAGAUAAGAACAACUCCGUAAAGGCCUUAGAUUUCAUGUUGGCACCUAUGAAUAACAAUAUGGUGAUAAUGAUUCGAGACCACCGAAUGCCGUCUAUGUAUCACUCGUACAUGAAACGGCAAGGAGAAGCUACUGAACCCCAUAUGCGAUACCACUCUUUGACAGUGAACUACCUCAUAGCUUGAAUCGUACUGGUAGUUUUUAUUUUGUAGGAUUUUUAUACAUUAUCAAAGAACUGUAAAAGAGACAGAUGAGGACUUUCCUAAUUAAGUUAAUUUAGUACAUACCUGAUUUAUUAAGUUUUUGUAGAUUAAAUUUGUCCAGGAGCUGAAAGACAAGAUAAGUUGUCGAGAUGAGGUCUUCUUCUUCUAAUGAUCAAGCCUCAUUUUAGUGAUGGUAGGAAUAAUUUUACUACUGUAUAGGGUUUCAUACAUAGAACAUGCAUGCUAUUUGUUUUAAAACUCAGGGGAAAUUGUUUAAUGUUACUAAGAUAAUAAUAAUAGUUCUAUAUUUUAGUAUAAAACAAUCAUCAGGAAAUAAAACAUAAAGGAUCAUAUUAAAUAACAAUAUUAAUAAUCAUCAGAAAUGUAUAAAUAUAAUUAAAGUAGGGAUACGGCCAAAUCGCUUAAGGGGGCACUCCACCCUAGAAUUGAUGAAAAUGCCAAAAAUUUACAAAACUUUUUUUAUUACCUAGUUUUGUCCCUUGUACUUUUCUUAACAAUUUGAUAUAUAACAAGUACAGUUCCAAUGCUUAUAACUUGUUUAUUUUAUCUAUAAAUGAAACGCUAACACUUACUUCAGGCUAGCAGCCAUCGCUAUAGGCUGUUUUCCGAAAGUUUGGUUUUCACGCGUUUUCAUUUGUUGUGGCAGACAUAACUUAAGUUGUAUUUGAGAUAGCCUUAUAUAGCCUUGAGAUAACUGUUAACAUGUUAUUUGAUUUUGGUAACAUUACCUUUGUCGAACAAAUCACCUUCAAGUCAAUUCACUUAGAAAAUUGAAUUUUGUCCCUAGCUGUUCUCGAGAUUCAGAGAUUGUUCAUUCAAUCAUUCUUUGAAAUUUAAAUUAUGAAUAAGACAAUUUUGGUUCUCUUCACACUCUAAAGACUGCUCUUUCUUUUUGCGUGGUAUGCAUGUGCACCUGUACAAAUGCAUAAACAUUCUAUUUAUUUAUAUACAGAAUAAUCCAUAAAACAAUUAAAAACCAUUAGCUUUGGUUCUGAUUGACAGAAAAAUGCGAAUUGAGUAGAAUGUUCAUUUUAUCUUAAAUUAAUACACCUCUACUAUAUUAUUAUCACAAAGGCAAAGUACGGAGACGAAUCUGCCGCAAUCAUGGCUCGGAAAGGCUGCCCCCAGGGGGGAGUUCUGUCUCCAAUAAGAACAAUAAUACUCCUCAUGUCCUUUUACAUCCUUAUUUUUAGUCAUAGAAUAAUAAGUGAUGACUAAUUUUAAUCAUGUAAUCAACCUACAUAUUUUAUUAAAAUGUACAUGAGUAUUUCAAUGAAAAAUUACAAAAAGGUUUUAGAUGUUUUUAUGGGGCCAUCAAAAUGGGUGGGAAUGAGGAUAUAUGAGGUAUGACUUUUAAGUAACGAGACUGAUGCUGCUGGAGAUCAAGGAAGCAUGCCUCAACCGCCAUCAAUCAAUCAGUGUGAACUUUUCUCUUUAGUGUGCAGCUAGUCUUGCUUUUGUAAACAACACCAUUUACUCAGAACCUAUGUUUGUGUUAUUCUUGGUUUUUUUUGUUUUCCCAGAUAAAAUUGUUAGUGUAAUAAAAGAGUAAAGAAUUAUUGUGAAAUUCCACUUUAAACUUGGAAAAACCGCUACUGAAGGUUAUAAUUUACUGAAAGAAGUGUAUAGCAGUGAAUAUUUAUCGUGGGUACAUGCUUUUGUAUGGUUUAAGAGUUUUAAAGAUGGCAGAGAAGACGUUGAAGAUGAUUCAAGAUUGCCCUUCAAAGUCAAAAACGGAUGAAAAUGUUAAAAAUAUUAAUACCUUGAGGUAUUUUCUAAACUACGUCAAAGA